UGAAAGUGUUGAUCCUCCGAUUGGAAAAGCAAAUAAAAGCAGUUUUUUUCACUUGGAUAAUGGACGAGGUAAAAUAAAUAUGAAAUGGCAGCUGACUUUAUUAGAAACCCGAACUGAGAAAAACAGAGACAGACUUGAAGAACGCAACCUUAAUAACAUUCAGUACACUUUUUAAAAUUUGGUGGAAAACUUCAAAAUUCCCCCCUCUUUUCCUUGGCAGCAGUUAUUGUGCCUUAGAAUUCAUUCAAUAUUAAUUUCCAGGGGAAAGGAAACUUAAUGCUCAAGCAAUCAGUGCAGGGAGAAGCAAAGAAACAAAAGUUUACAAAGCAAACUAAAGCUCAGCAAGAAUUCUCCUUUAAAUUCCAAGAACUAAAUAUCAAAAUUCCUUCACAAUCUUCUAAACGCCAUUUUUUGGGGGUUUACUCUAAUUAAAAAACCCUCUUAGUUGGAUCCUCAUAAAAGAGGUUGAAUCAAUCCCGUAAUAUUUGGCAAAUUUCGAGGACACCCAAAUGGAUUUAUUCCGUGCUAUCUUUUUCAUUUUGGUGAUCCUUGCAAUUGUUAGUGCUGAAAGCUUGCAUUUAGAGGACAGCUACAAUAAGCAUGAAGAAGAAAUGUUGCAGCUGUUAAGGCCCAGCAUUGGACACGAGAAGCUUGAAGUGAAUGAAGUUGCGCUUGAAAGACUUGCCAGCAUAGAAGAUCCUGUUGCGUUCGUGGCCGUUGUUGGACCAUAUCAUGGUGGAAAAUCAUUUCUACUGAACGUUCUCCUGGAUUCGACUCAUGGGUUUCCAGUGGGUUCAAGGCCCGUGCCUGAAACAAGAGGCAUUUGGAUCAGAAUUGUGCCCAAGAGCAAGCUCAAAGGGGUUGAUGAAUCUCAGGUGAUUCUAGUGGACACCGAAGGAUUUUAUGGAGAGGGAGCCACCCGUUUGUAUGAUGCAAAAGUGUUUGCUAUUUGCACUCUCCUCAGCUCUCACCUAGUUUACAACACAUUAAGGACUCUUGGAGAUGCACAAUCGGUGAGCUCCUUAGCUGAUUUGUCAAAGCAGGCUCAAAUCUUUAAUUUACAUAACUGGCUUCACACUGCUGGGUCUGAAGAUGAGACUACCCCUUCAAUAGAUUUAGAUGUACCUCUGUUAUUAAAGACUCUGGACUUCCCAUCUUUAACAUGGGUUGUACAAGGAUUUGAUAUUGAUCUUGAACCUUCAGAAGCACCAAUGCAUCAUCUUCAGCGUUACAUAGCUGCUCAAGGACAUGCUGGAGAUCGAACUUUGGACACACUGUUUUCUCAUGGAAUUUCUUGCUAUACUCUUCGAACUCCAGCAGAUCUAAACUUGUUGCGCGAAAGAUAUGGGAGUAAAGGAUUGGCAGCAGAAGAGGAACUAAUUUACACUCUUCAUCCUAAAUAUCUUCUGGACAUUGAAAAUCUUCGAAUGGCAGUUUUUGGAAAUUUAACUGCAAAAGGUGGUAAAAAACUUACAGGAAAGAUUGUGGCCAAAUUGUUGCCUCUUCUAGUCCACUAUGUCAAUGAAGAUUUCCCCUUAAGUGCCGAUCGAAAGCUAAGGGAUGUCCUUGUUGAUAUAAUAAUUGAUGGUGCAUUUGCUGGAGGUGUACGGUAUUUUGAGAAAGAAAUGCAAUCAGUUUUUCCAACGUCUGAUCGAUUGAAACUACCUACAAUGGAUCUGAGCUCUGCACCCAAAAACCUAGAGGCACUUUCGACUUUGGCAUCAUCUGCGUUGACGAUCCAAGAAGUUAAUCAGUUACUUGCGGAUGCAGAAAAUAAAGCAAUUGAUUAUUGCAAGCAACGGUGUGUUGGAGUACCUCUGGUGCUGACAUCAUCAGCAUGUCAAGUUAGUCUUGGUACAAAAAUCGAGAGAAUGAAACCAUUGUACAGGGAAAAGAAUGACUAUCAAGUUAGGGAAGUCCUUAUGCAUCUUGGAGAAGUGCUUCGUCAAAAAGCUGAGAAAAAUCUUUUUGACAUCAACUUGCCCGUUCCUCAAACUGAAAUUCAGGAGAGCUGUAACAAAAUCAUCAAAGAUACUUUAAAGAAGUAUGAAUCCCUUGUUGGUCCCCACCAAGGCAGUCAACAAUACCAUGAUGCAUGUAACCAAAUGCAUGAGCAGAUUAUGUUUAAAUGUGAUCAAGUUGCACGCAUCAAUGUGGGAAAGAUUACAUCCAUACUAAACAGUGGAAAAGCUGCAUACCAGGGAGCGUACACUGAUGCCUUUUCUGCUGCCAUUGAGAAUUACACAAAUGCGGAACAGAAAAUUAUAAAUGGAGAUAAAACAUUUGUUGAUAGUGAAAGUCACAGCAGGCCUCUUCCACCUACAAAACUAACCGAUGCUCAUUCAAUCAGUUUGAAAGUUGCUCAGGAGGCAUAUGAAGAGACAGUGAAAGGAGGAGGACUAAGUUGGAUUGGCUCUGGCAACGAGCUUUAUGAUUUCCAUCAGUUCCAAUGCUUGCAGUGGUCAAAACAGCGGUACAGUGAAAGUCAGGUCCGAAACAAUGCUGAGAUAACAACAUUUUGUGAGAAGUUGGUGUCUGCAAUUUCCCUUUGCUACAGGGAUUUAGUAUCCAAGAUCACCCCAUUUCCAGAUAAUGAUGAAAUCAUUUCGGAGAAGGCAAAUCUUAUCUCAAAGCAGUUGAUGGAGGCAUAUAGAACCAUGACAAAGGAAUAUACACUGUCAGGAGUGGAGGAGAGACAAAAAGAGUUGGUGCAGAAAAUUGAAGAUGCACAUGCACAUUUAAUAAGAAAGAAUACUGCUCUGAUGACAGCAUACUGCUACGACCCACUCAUGGAUGCAUACCAAGAACUUCACAUGGAAGAUUGCGAGAGGACUUUCCACAAUUUAUUUGUUUCCUGGUCUAUCUGGUCCCUCAAGUGUCUAUGGCCCGGUCCACUCUAUACAUUUGGAUUCAAAUAUGUGGCAUACACUGCAGCUCGGAAACAUUUGGACAAAGCUCAGGCCUCAGCAAGACAGGAAUCUAAUCUACCUUCUGCCAACCAUGAAAUUGCAAAAGGAGUCAUUUUAAGUCCUGCAACCCAGAAAAAAGUUAUACAAGCUUGGAUUGAGCAUGACCUGGACCGGCAUGCAAAUGUGGUGCUUGUAAAUUUUAGCUGUAUUGUCUCUUUCAUCAUUGUUAUUUUUACAAGCGGACUGUAUAUUAGGAAGAAAACGCUAUCAACAUCGAGUCAGAAUGCUGGAAGCUGGUCUCCAGGUGGAACCAAUUUUGACUGGAGGCAAAGAGAUUAUCGUGGUUAUGCAGGGUCAUCAAGACUGCACAAACGUGAAUACUGAUAAACACUUAUCUAUGGAGUUCUAUUCACAUCUUAUUCUGGUUUCCGUGAUGCAAACUGCGGACUACACAUUCCGGUGAAAGAUCUGCCACAUCAUCCUUGCACUUAUUUUUUGUUAUCAACAAACAACAUACCAAAUUUCCGCCAACAACAGGCAGUUUCAAUUAUUCAGGCGAUUUCUUUCACAGUGAAGGCCUUUGCCUGUGUUAACAUGGACUCAAAUUCGUUUGAGUUUUUUUCUCAGAUUCGUCAUGCAACCCAGACUGGAAUAAUUCCUUUCGAAUCUAUCUGCACAAAUGGGUAAAAAUUGUAAUACGUACUGGAUUCUACUUGGCAUUUGUAAACUGCCACAGAAAUCAAAGAUGAUGUUUUUGGUUGUUGAACUGCUCUAGCUCACAAGCCAGAGAUCAUUAGCCCCCACAUCAUCUUACAGGUGGCAGAUUUUCAUUUCAAAGGCAGCAAUCUGUGUCAUUAAGGCUGUGUGCAAUAUACUAAUUGCACUUGUAUCUGCAAAAGGAAAUUAACAUUCUGUACCUGAAAUAACACAUAUUUGAGCAUUUCCAUUAACUGCUACAUCAUGGAAAUAUGGGCAUAAGAGAGGAUUUUACAUGCCGAUAUUUCUGCUUGCCAUUGCCUUUGAUAUAGCCUUUAUGAUCAAUCCCUUCCAUUUGUUAUAGAAAAACGCUUUUCCUCUUUUUAAUUCGAAAGAGGGAUGCUUGUUUAAGUUUCAAAACUUAUAAUUGAGAUUUAUGUCAUUAUGCAAAAUAAUAUCUAAGACAGUAAAUUCGUAAGCAAUAAUUUAUUAAAAUAAAAAUUUGGAUA